AUGUUUCUUACCGCGGGCGCUCUGUUGAUGCUACUGGCAGCUGUGCAGGUAAGAAGCCGCUGCGUUGGUUGACGGAGUGGUGUGUGUGGUGGUGGGACGUGGUCUGACGGGUUGGCUCUCUUUGACUCCGUCUGCGGGGACAGACUGCAUUUAUUUCUCUCUACUUUGCCUCCAUAUUAGGUCGUUGGCUUGUAUUGAUUUUAGACUAUGCAUUAAAAUCUCGCUCAAAUGUUGCCUAUUUGAGCAUUGCGUUAUGCUAAAAUACAUAUGUUCUUGUAAUAAGAAUAUCGGUCUAACACGCGAGCUUGCGGUAAUAGGGUAGCCUAUUGGUUCUAGUAGUCUACACUUGAAGUUUGAACUGCUCUUCGAUGAUGGUAGUUAUUUACCGAAUUUCCUAAUCGAGCUAGUUCGACGCCUAGUUCAUUUACAUUUGGUUGAGUUGUCAACUAACGUGAAUUCAACGUGAAAUCAACAAAAAAUGUCACCAUGUCAUUGGAUUUAGGUUAAAAGUUGAGUGAAAAAAAGAUGCAAUUCCUUUACGUUGAGGACUUUUUUCAAAUCCAAUCAGUUUGCCACGUUGAUUCAACAUCUCAUUUAAUUUUUGUUGUUGAAAUGACAUAAAGAACGUUGAUUCAACCAGUUUUUGCCCACAGGGACAGAUUUGUCUACUAUGUAUUCUCCUAUAAUUCAGAAUCUAUAGGCUACGCGGUGUUGUGGGACGGGUGUAAAAAGAAACAGACUUCUAGCCUAUAUGGAAUGCUGUUACGGUUAUAAUUGUGUAGACGAGUCACCAGGCUGAAGUUGCACCCAUGCACUGAAUCGGAUGUGUAGGCUACGGCUCAACAACAACAGUAACAAUUUACGGACAUUAAAGUAGCCGCCGGACAAUCGCCAGUUGCCGCAACACAAAUCAGAAUGGUAUUUAGAGAUGCUAAUGCAGCAACACACAUGCACCGUACACGCACGCACACAAAUACGCGCAAACACACACUUACAGGGAUAGCCUAUUGUUUUUUAGUCCGUUGGCUACACCAUAACCUAAUUUGAUAACCAAUAUUAAAUUAACAGAGAUGACCCGAGUCUCAGGUUAGGGUCAGUCCCAUGCCAACAGCAAAGCCGUGGUCUAGUUGGGCUGAGGCGGUCAGGCAGUCUGUCAAUCACCCGAGCAGGGUGGAUGUUGUUGAAUGUUGAAUUAGUGUUCACAUCGCUAACACGUUGUGAAAUGAGGACGCUGGACAGAUUUAUCAUGCCUAUCGAGUUGUUAAAUGAGGAGGACACUGAUUGAACAGAUUUAUCAUGCCUAUCGAGUAGGCUACAGUUUAUUAUAUUUCAGCUCGCGGUUAUGUUAGUGCCAGUAAACACUGGGAUGUAACAAUAUUUAUUCACCCGGUUUGUGUCGAAAGCUACCCCCAUCCCCUCAAAGCAUGUUCAAUAGGCUACCCAACCCGUUUGGUUUUGCAUAUUCAUUGUGUUAAUGUAUUCAUUUAGCACAGUAUAGGUAUUUGAAACAUGUCUAAAGACGUUUUAUGUAGUAAAGUAAGAUAAGCAACAGAGAAGCAAAUAAAUAGAGUGAUUGCAGAGAGUUUGCAGAUUAGAAUUGAUUAGAAUUGAAUGAGAUGAAUGAGUAAAUUCACAUCAAAUGAAAUUCCAAAUCAAAUUGUAUUUGUCACAUGCCCCGAAUACAACAGGUGUUAGACCUUACUGUGAAAUGCUUACUUACAAGCCCUUAACCAACAAUGCAGUUCAAGAAAUAGAGUUAAGAAAAUAUUUACUAAAUAAAAUAAAGUAAAAAAUAAAAUAAAAAGUAACACAAUAAAAAACAAUAGCGAGGCUAUAUACAGGGUGUACUGGUAUCGAGUCAAUGCGCAGGGGUACAGGUUAGUCGGGGUAAUGGAAGGGUUACCGGUUUUUGACACAGUCACACACACCGAUCUAUAAUGUUGCUGGUUUGGUCUCAGCUCCGUCUCAACAUGUAGUGUUCUGCUCUCACACUGAUGUUUGAAUACUUCUGAGAUACCCUAUUCCUUCAUAUCUCCAUUGAACUAAUGACUGAUCUGAAAACCAUCUUAUAGGUGAAAGCAAGCAAGGGGUUCACCUAUAUAUAGCCAUGUCAGAUCUGUGAUCACCACGAGGGUGAAGGUGGAGGGUGUGUUUACCUUCUUAAGUGCUGUAGUAGCAGGGUCUGGAUCCCAAAUGGCACCCUGGUCAAAAGUAGAGCACUAUACGGAAUAGGGUGCCAUUUGGGAUGCCGACAGGCUAAUCAUGCCACCCGCUAACCCUUACCCUCAUUACUCUAAUCACCUGCCUGAGUGACAGAUGCCAUUGUGCCGCUCUGUGAGGGGGGCAGGGAGUGGGGCAUAGAGAAGUGGCCUUCUGUCUCUGCGACUGAGCAGAGCCCCUCCUAAUGUGCCAUCAUUGUUGAUCUUAUUUGAUGCAGUUAUAGUCCUAUAUAUUGUUAUGUUACAUUUAGAAUAUGUCUCUUUUAUGCAGCCUAUAUUAUAUUGCAUUUGAAGCUGGUUAAUAUGUCUCUUCUCUUGCCUAUCAUAAUAUUUAUUAGUGGUUAUUACAUUGUUAUCUCUAUUAAUAUAAGCUCCUCAGCAGACAAUUUUUACAAAGCAGUUUAUAGUGCAUACAUUUUAAAGUACAUGUAACCCCUCUAGGAUUAUAUUGAUUAUUGUAGUUCACAGCCUUCUGUUCUAAUUCUCUGUUUUCCAGGUUGCUGUGCAUGGCGGAGGGGCUGUGGGGUCGUUGCCACGGAGGCAGGGGUCGUUGCCGUGCACACAAGGCUUCUCCCAGGAGGAGUACAGUAUUGCCGUGGACAAGGAGCUGAGAGAGGGACAAGCACUCCUCACUGGUAUGUCUCACACACAAACACCUGUCUGUGUGAACACAUAA